AUGGAGGAGGCAGAAGCCCGCGAAAGAGCAAUUCCAUCUCAGAGACCCACACGUGGCCGAGCAUCGUGCGUGGUGUCGAAGCUCAGCUGUCUUUGCUGUGUCUCUGCGACUGUCUCUGGGGUCAUCUCUGCUGGUGUCUCUGUGACUGUCUGCUGUGUCUCUGAUGCUGUCUCUGUGACCAUCUCUGCUGUGUCUCUGGGGCCGUCUCAGCUGGUCUCUGUGGCUGUCUCUGCGACCAUCUCUGCUGUGUCUCUGCAGCCAUUUUUGUGUCUCUGCGCCCAUCUCUUCGUUGUGUGUCUCUGGCUGUCUUUGCGGCCCUCUCUGCUGUGUCUCUGUGACCUUCUCUGUGACUGUCUCUGCAACUACCUGGGGGCACCCCCAGACCCCACCAACCUGUGGCUGCUCAACUCCAUGGUGCACAGUGACGGCAGCCUGACAGCCACCGUGGGCUGGGACAGCCCCGAAGAGCCGGACACACCGGUGCACCAUUACAAGGUCUUCUGGAGCUGGGCGGCUGACAGCGCCAGGUCCCCGGUGCCCAGCAGGAAGAAGCGAAGGAAGACCACAGACAGGGUGAGCAACACCGUGAGCCUGGAGCAACUGCAGGCGGGCUGCGAGUACACCGUGGAACUGCUGGCCGUGGCUUACUGGGGCCAGCAGCGACUCAAGAGCCCGAAGGUCACCUUCCAGUUCACAGCCGCCCCCAGCUUCAAAGAAACCCUUGGAAAGAACCGGAAAACCACAACAUCCAGGCAGCUGCCUUUCCACGUUCGGCGGCCGUCACGGCCUCUGAAAGUGGGGACCCCCUUCCUCCAGAACCACCAGCUUCAGGUGAAGAUCUACUGGAAGAACGCUGAAGAAUCGGGUCUGACCCGCUACCACAUGGAGUGGCUGCCGGAAUUUUGCAUCCACAACAGCACCAAAGCUCGGGUCUCAUACGGGACCACCCAGGAAAACUAUCUCAUUCUCCAAGACCUGGCCUUUUCCUGCAAGUAUAAAGUGACCUUGCAGCCCGCGUGGCCCACAGGACGCCGGAAGGCCGAGACCGUCUUCUUCAACCCUGCUUGCUCCGCACUCAAGUCCAAGAGCCACAAACUGAGCCGCUGCCCCGGAGAAGCGGGCCCUGUGCUCGACAAAGUGCUUGCCAAGCCUGAAGACCUGUCCACAUCCUUAGAGGUCCACGAUGCCAACGUCACAGGCCACUUCUCCUGGCAGGUGGCUGGUGCCAACCCAGCUCAGCCACUUACGAGGUUCCAGGUGACGUGGGCAGAGGCCACUCUGGAGAGCCGCCACUCCAGUUUCCCUAAUAGCCUCAUCUUACAGUCAAACAUUCUGCCCGUGGAUCUCUUGGUACUCACCAUGUCCGACCUGAAGCCGGCCACCUUCUAUCACCUGGAAGUACAGGCGCUGUCCUCGGGGGCUGAGGGCCCUGCCACCGUGUGCACCUUCCGGACGCCAGAGUUUCUGCCGCCUUCCUCUCACAGUGAGUGGCACCUGCUACAGGGAGCCGGCACGGCACUCCAGGGAGUGGGGCCUGGUAUAUGCAAUGCCAUUACUAUGUCUUCAUUCACUCUUAAUGAAACAAAUGUAAUGGAAGCGGUGGCAGUAUCUGAAGUUGGCACAUUGGAGCUGGACUUUGCAGUGGGUUUAUUCUUUAGAGGAGCUGCCUGGGGACUGGUGCAAUUAAACCUCAAAGUAAUACUCAUCGAGUCUUCUGUGUCUGGACGCACCAGUCAUAUCCCUCAUAACAGGACAGACAGCAAAGCCUCAGCGCCUCACAGACCUGGCCUGACUGAAAAGAUGAACGGAGCGGAAAUGACAUCCGUUAAGUGCAGGCCGAUUAGCAAGAAUAAAGAUCAUCAUUUAGGAGUUAGCAAGAUCUAA